CAUUAUUUGCUAAAAUUUGAAGGCUACUUGAAAAAGAAACCACACAAACUUUCUGCUUUAAGAAAGAGAUUUUUUGUUAAAUUUUCUCUUUCUUUCUCUGGUAAACAGGACGGGUCUUCAACCAAUUCAUUUCUAUUUCAGUUAAAAAAAAUCCAGAAAGAUACUUGAGAUGAACACGGUGGAAAAUAAUUUUCUACCUUUUGGAGAUCAUGUGGGGGGUUGUUUUCCUUCAGUCAACCACUGUGAAACCAGGCUUUAAAAUCUUCAAUAAGAGAAGAAACAGUGGUGGUGAACGUUGAAGAGGUUUUUGCCCUUUUGAAUUUCAUCCGGUUUUUUGCGUGUCCCUAAGAGGAAGAAAAAAGAAAAAGGCAAAAGCUUUUCAACCAUGCCUGCUGGGGGUUUAGUUCCAACUGGGGUGGCCAAGGAGAGAGCAGAGCUGUACCAAGGAAGGGUCACCUUGUAUGUGGUUAUUGCAUGCAUUGUUGCAGCUGUUGGAGGAUCAAUUUUUGGAUAUGACAUUGGAAUUUCAGGUGGAGUGACAUCCAUGGAUGGAUUUCUUCGCGAAUUUUUCCAUUCGGUGUACAUAAGCAAGCAGCAUGCCCAUGAAAACAACUACUGCAAGUAUGACAACCAAGGGCUCGCAGCAUUCACCUCGUCGUUAUACUUUGCCGGUCUAGUUGCAUCCUUGGUGGCAUCUCCUAUAACCAGGAAGUAUGGUCGUCGUACAAGUAUAAUUUGUGGGGGAUUCAGCUUCCUUGUUGGAGCAACUGUCAAUGCUGCAGCUCAAAAUCUGGCAAUGCUCCUCUUUGGUCGAAUCAUGCUCGGUGUUGGGAUAGGAUUCGGAAACCAGGCUGUUCCAUUAUAUCUGUCAGAAAUGGCACCAACUCAUCUUCGAGGAGCCCUCAACAUGAUGUUUCAGUUAGCAACAACGCUCGGAAUCUUUACAGCAAACAUGGUAAAUUAUGGAACUCAAAAGCUUGAGCCAUGGGGAUGGAGGUUGUCUCUGGGCCUAGCAGCAAUACCAGCAACGUUAAUGACAGUGGGAGGGUGCCUUCUUCCUGAGACACCAAACAGUUUAAUCGAAAUGGGAUCAAAAGAGCGAGGCCGAAAGGUUCUGGAAAGGAUUAGAGGAACCGAUAAAGUUGAUGCUGAAUUCGAAGACAUGGUAGAUGCCAGUGAGUUGGCAAAUUCAAUCAAGCAUCCUUUCAGAAACAUCCUUAAGAAAAGGAAUAGGCCUCAACUAGUGAUGGCAAUCUGCAUGCCAACAUUCCAAAUCCUAACAGGCAUAAACUCCAUCCUGUUUUAUGCACCAGUGUUGUUCCAAAGCAUGGGAUUUGGAGGAAAUGCUUCACUCUACUCAUCAGCUGUCACAGGAGCGGUUCUUGCAGGAUCUACAUUCAUUUCCAUUGCGGCAGUCGAUCGAUUGGGUCGAAGAGUUUUACUUAUCAGCGGCGGAAUACAAAUGAUUAUAUGUCAGGUUAUAGUUGCCAUAAUCUUGGGGGUGAAAUUUGGGGACAACCAAGAACUAUCAAAAGGGUACUCAAUAUUGGUUGUGAUAGUGAUAUGUCUAUUUGUUUUGGCAUUUGGAUGGUCAUGGGGUCCAUUAGGGUGGACUGUACCAAGUGAGAUAUUCCCACUGGAAAUCAGGUCUGCAGGCCAGAGCAUUACGGUUGCUGUAAAUCUCCUCUUCACAUUCAUCAUUGCUCAGUGUUUUCUAGCCAUGCUUUGCCAUUUCAAGUUCGGGAUCUUCUUGUUCUUUGCAUCGUGGAUCACGGUAAUGACCAUCUUCGUUUACUUUUUCUUACCGGAAACCAAGGGAGUUCCAAUUGAAGAAAUUAUAUUUCUGUGGAGAAAACAUUGGUUCUGGAAGAAGAUUAUACCUGAAUAUCCCCAAGUUGAUGACAGUCACAAUGUUUAGAAAAACUCAAGAAAGAGUUACACGGUACUUGUUUACUAUGUUUGUGUUGUAUCAGUAAUUAGAGUUUUUUAUGAGUAGAGUUGGAUCGACCCGAAUUAGAGAAAAUUACAUUCAAAUAGAGUUGUUCAUGAGUCGAGUUGGAUUAACUUAAAUUAGAGAAAAUUACAUUAAAAACUUAAACUCGACUCUUGAACAAGUUUAAUUGUAAUCGUUUUCAACAAGAUUGCUUUGGACUUACAGUUAAAAUUACAGUUGCUGAAUGAUGUAAACCCUAA